CUUUGAUUUUCACCAAAAUCGAUCCAAUAUAACAACAACAACAAAUAGACGAUCACAAAUUAUUUUUUCGCUCAUUUUAUAAUUACUCGUUUUGAAGAUUUCUCGCCAUUCAAUUCGUAUAGAUUCCAUCCAAUUCCUUAAAACCGAGAUUAAACUAUUUGAAGAAAUGCCCAAAGAAGAUAUUACUAUGGAUGAUAUGAAGGAGGCUUUCUUGAUAUUCGAUAGAAAAGGAGACGAUAAAAUUGGAACUAGUGACGUGGGCAACCUGUUAAGAUCUUUGGGACUCGUACCCACUGAAGUCGCUGUCAAAAAAGUUGGGGGAACCGAUUUAGCAAGUGAAAGACGGAUAACUUUCGAAGAAUUCUUGCCGAUGUUUGAAGAGGCAUCCAAAAUUAAGGAUGCCGGAUCAUAUGAAGAUUUCAUAGAAAUAAUGAAGGUGUAUGAUAAAGAAGGUGACGGAACUAUAUUGGCCGCUGAAAUAAGGCACGUUCUCUUAGCCUUAGGCGAAAGAUUAAAAGAAAAUGAAGUCGACGAAAUUUUACAAGGCAAAGAAAAUUCGGACGGUUAUAUCGAAUAUGAACCAUUCGUAAGUUUCGUCAUGAAUACCUCCGCUUAAAAACUUGACCCGGCCUUGCAAACAGGAUAUCAUCAUUUUAUUUAUUUGAUUUUGUAAUUAUCAUAACUUUUUUUUAUUGGUUCGAUUAUAAUAUCGCGAAACUUGUAAAUUCUUUACGGGAAAGGGAGUUUAUCUAAAACAAAAACAAAACUAUACUUAGAUAAACCUAACUUUUACAAUUAUUAGCGAUUUUAAUUGAUUAUAUUUUUUUUUUAUCUACCAUAAAUUUGAAAAUAAAACACACCAUUUAAUGCC